UUGCAUCAGUCAGAGGUGCACCCCAUGCGCGUCGUCUCGUUCGUCCUUGUCGUCGCCGUGGCCAUUCUCCUGGCCACGUGCCAUGGACUUGACCACAACGAAGUUAGCGCUGUAGUUGGCGAGAGCAGCGCCCUACAGAAAGCCAAGCCGAAGCCAAAACCGGCUCCGAAGCCAGCUCCAAAGCCAGCCCCGAAACCGGCUCCGAAGCCAGCCCCCAAGCCUGCGCCGAAGCCAGCAACCAAACCAGCCCCGGGCACCCCCGCCGCCCGUCCACCAACUGCCAGACCAGUGCCUGUACCAGCUUCUCGUCCUCCUACUCCCAAACCCAAGGCCACGCCGUCGCCCAAGUACGUAUAUGUCCUGCCACAAGCAUCCCCGCGGCAUCGUAUCGUUGCCAUCGUGUACACGCACAGUACGUACUGGAACGAGAACGUUUGCAGUCACGACGCGUGCAUAUCGGACUAUGAUGUGUGCAUGGGCAUAUACGAUGGGUGCACAUGCUACCCGGGUUUGCUCGCGUGUGCAAAGCAAAAUUGCGAUGUGGAAUUCAAUGCCGCCAUGGUCGAAUGCCAAGCUGCCAAGGCCCAAGUUACGGGGUGCGUGGUAACAUGCAAUCCUGGGGCAUAUCCGUCAUGGGAAAUCGACGACGGAUCGCAGGAGUACGCGCUCGUGACGGCCGUGACCAUCCAAGGCGCGACAGCAGCUUCGUUUGAAGGGUAUGAGUACGACUUUGCACUGGCUGUGGCAAACAUCACGUCGAACGAUUACUUGAGCGCGACGGUGGACAUGGUGUUCAUUUCGUCGGCGAAGGAUAUCGUGGCGGGGAGCUCGCGGCAGUUGGAGGCGUCCACAGUGUCCCUGGACAUCGAAGGCAACGUGGUGGCGCCGAACGUCGACGACCAUCGGCAGUUGGCAGCGGACGCCUUGCCCACUACGCUCGCGCUCGAAUUUGUCGUGCUCUUCGACACGUUCGACGAUUUGAACUCCGCCGCAUCAUUCUAUGGCAGCUUGAUGAACGUCAGCGCAAGCGAUAACAAUUUGGCCGUCGCACUCGUGGCAACGGGCGUGCUCUUCAACGCGACGCAGCUCUCGAUUGAUUCGGUGCAAACGAGGGUGACACCCAUCCUUUCGAGCCGCGCAUCCCCUGGCGCACUCCCCAUGGCACUCUUGACGGGCAUUCUGGCGCUGAUGCACUCGAUGCUGCCGUCUUAACUGUUCGUUGAAUCUCAAAAUCGUUGGACGAACGAA